UUGCCACAAGAAGAACAACUAAGAAAAUAAAAACUAUGGCUUCUAACAGCAACUUCAACGUGAGCGUGACGAAGAAUGAGGUGGUAGCAGCGGCGCUGCCAGUGCAAGAGCCGCAUUAUCUCCCACAUUCCAACCUCGACUUGCUCUUGCCUCCUGUCGACGUCGGGGUUUUCUUCUGUUACCAAAAACCUGCGGCGGCUUCGGCUCAAACCACGACCGAAGAACAUGCGACUACGUUUGGUUGGAUGGUGAAUACUCUCAAGGCGGCCUUGUCUGAGGCGCUGGUCUCCUUCUAUGCGCUGGCCGGAGAGGUGGAGCAAAACCUCGCCGGAGAACCGGAGCUGAUUUGCAAUAACCGAGGCGUAGAUUUCGUCCAAGCAUUUGCUGAUGUGGAGCUCAGAAAACUGAACUUGUAUAAACCUGAUGACAGCGUUGAAGGCAAGCUCGUUCCCAAGAAGAAGCAAGGCGUCCUUUCCGUUCAGGCUACAGAACUGAAAUGCGGAGGAAUAGUGGUGGCAGUUAAGUUUGAUCAUCGGGUGGCCGAUGCCUACUCUGCCAACAUGUUUCUGGUAUCUUGGUCGGAAAUAGCUCAGGCGAAGCAACUAUCUCAGCUACCAUGUUUCCGGCGAUCAUUUCUUUUCCCACGGCGCCCCGCCCACUACGAUCUCUCCCUCGACAACAUGUACGUACCAAUCUCAUCACUCCAACCGGAGGCAGUGGAAGAACCCAAGAUAAGCCGCAUAUACUGUGUCGCCGCAGAACAAAUCAGGGAGCUCCAAUCACAAGCCAACCAUUACUCCGCGGACGAAUUAAAACACCCAAGGAGGACGAAGCUCGAAGCAUUCUGUGCCUUCCUAUGGAAAACAGUUGCCUCAGGGAAGAGUCGCCGGAAUUUCAAGAAUUUCAAGUUGGGGAUCGUGGUAGACGGGAGGACUAGACUAAGCAUCGGCGACGAAAAUAAGGCCAAAUUUUUACAAGGGUACUUCGGAAACGUUCUUUCGUUUCCAUUUGAAGAGAAAACGAUUAAAGAACUGAGAGAAAAGCCGUUGAGUUGGGUGGCAUCCGCCGUGCACGAGUUCUUAGAGGAAGCUCUGACGGGGGACCAUUUCCUUGGGCUAAUAGAUUGGGUGGAGGCUCACCGCCCCGAGCCGGCCAUACCGAAAGUACACGACUGCGUUGACGGAGCGGCGUUGGUGGUGUCGUCGGGGCAGCGGUUUCCGGUGAGAAAGAUAGAUUUUGGUUGGGGGAAGCCGGCGUUUGGAUCGUAUCAUUUUCCGUGGGGUGGGCAAUCGGGAUACGUAAUGCCGAUGCCAAGUCCGAAAGGGAACGGAGAUUGGAUUGUUUACAUGCAUCUGCAGAAAGAGAAGGUGGAAUUGAUAGAGACUUAUGCCUCACACGUCUUCAAACCUUUUACUUCAGAUCAUCUCAACUUCAAUUGAUCAUCCACCACCGUCGAUCUCCAUCUCAUCAUUCAUAAUUCAGUCUCGUUAUACAACAUAAUAUAUACAUUAAAUAAGUGUAAUGUAAAGACUUGUAAUAAUUUUUUUAAA